GAUUGGCUGCUGUAUACAGGCAGGCAGAACACGUGCUACUGCUUCCCGAGUGGAAAAGAUGUGACGGCGUUAAUAUGUUUCCCACUAACCCUGACCCACCUUGAUCGUAACCUUAACGCCUUAAGCCCCAACCCUUGCCUUAAAGGUAACCAUAACAAACGUAUUUGUUUUUGUUUCGUACAAAUGUGAUACAUGUGCUUUGGUCAUUUCGUUACAUCUGCGUAACCUGCCUUUCCCGCGACACAGGAGCCAAUCACGUUGCAGCUGCCUGGAAGCUAAGUGGGAAUCCUUAUAACGCCACGGGACGCGUCCAUUGAAAGUGUAUGCUCGAUUUGAAAUGUAGAUGAAUUGGGAAAGCGUUGGGUGGGCGGUGCUAUGGUUAAGUUCCAGCGAAUGAAACCGCCCGGGUGACUGACUCUAGGAAACGCAACACGCGCCCCAACGCAGAAUGAGCCAAUGGGAGAGGAGAACUGAGAAGGUUGCGUGUUUUAAACGACGAAGACAAACAGACAACUGAGAGCGAGCACGAGAGUUGACCCUUAGUUUCUGUCUUUGGUGCGUUUUAUUUUAUUUUUAUUUUUGGGGGGGAUUCUGGCAAUUGCAACACUGUUAACGAUGAGAAAAAGUGAGGUAAUCGCAGCAGAGUCUGUGUCAUGCCUCAACAAAUCCUUGUGCCGCUUGAAGGACAUUUGGGAGGAGAUUGGCAUACUAGAGGACCAAAGACUACAGAGAGCUAAUGCUGUGAAGAACCACAUCAAGAACUUACUCGAUAUGAUGAUCAAAGAAGAGGAAUCUCUGAGGAGCCGAGUUAUAAGCAGCAUUCAAAAUUGCAAAACUGAACUGGAGAAGCUGUCUCUCGAACUUCAGAUUCCUGUGUUUCAGGACGAGGCUGGUCUUGGCAUGCUCCAGCAGGAGAAGAACCUCCGCACGGUGGUGGAUGGUCUGAUAAAGGAGAAGACUCUGCGCAUGCAGCAGCUGAAAACUCUGCUGGAGCAGGACCAGGAGCUGUGUGACAUCCUGUGCUCCAUUCCUUAUGGUAUCUCCCCAGAUUCUGUUCCCUCAAAGGACCAACUAGAGAGCUUUCACCAACAUAUUGCUAACCAGAAUGCAGUGAAGAAAAAUCGGUAUGCUGAGUUUAUGGGCCUCAAGAAGCAGAUCAUCUUGUACAUGAAUGACCUGGAUCACAUCCCUGAGACCAGCUUUGAGAGGGAUGUUGUCUGCGAGGAUGAGGACUCUUUCUGCCUCUCUCGAGAAAAUAAUACCGCACUCAAACUGCUUCUGUCUCAGCUGGAGCAACAAAACGCAGAGAACGAGGCAGUGUGUGAGGCUCUUCGAGAGAAGAUCCAGCAGCUGUGGGACAGAUUGGAGGUGCCCCAGUUGGAAAGAGAGCCCUUCAAUGAACACAUGGUCAUGUCCAAGAAGCGCAACCUCACUGCGGUGAGAUUCUGUCACAUAUUGUCUCUUUGUACUACCCAUUUACUUUUGUCUUCUGCCUUUAAGUGCUGUACUAGUUUUUCCCUUUUUCAGUUGCAAGCAGGGAUAAAGCAUCUGGAGAAACUAAAACUGCAGAACAUUCGCAAUGUCACAGAUGCAAUCCGCUCUGAGAUCGCUGUGUUUUGGGAGAAGUGCUUCUUUAGCAUUGAGCAGCGUCAGGCGUUCUCCCCAUAUUUUAGUGAGGAUUUCACAGAGGAGAUACUGCAUCUGCAUGAUGCUGAGAUUCAGCGUUUGAAGCAGCAUUAUGAUGAUCACAAAGAGCUUUUUGAUGGGGUUCACCAGUGGGAAGAAAGCUGGAAACUCUUCCUGGAGUUGGAUAAAAAAGCAUCAGAUCCGUUGAGAUUUACAAAUAGAGGAGGGAAUCUACUCAAAGAGGAGAAACAAAGGGCUGAGCUGCAUAAAAAUCUACCAAAGUUGGAAAAGACACUAAAAGCCCAGAUAGAUGCAUGGGAAAAUGAGCAAGGCAGUGGGUUUUUGGUCAAUGGCCAAAAGUUUCUCAAGUAUGUGGAGGAACAGUGGAAGCUGCAUCAAACAGACAAAGAGAGAGAAAAACUAGAAAGGCACCUGAAGAAGAGCAAGCAGACUGAGGAGGAUAUGCUUUAUGGAACAGCAGUACAAACCCCCAAACGUAGAUUGCUGGGUAACCAUACCCAAAAUAAAUCUCGAAGGAUGAAUGCCACAUCCAGUAUUUCUGUGGCCACAUCCAACAGCACGAUGCGCUCUGCCUAUGGUGGAAUUGUCUGUCGCUCACCGGUGCCAUGCUCACCGAUGCCACGGACACCUUUUUCAACGAACAAGGGUCCUGCACAAAGGAUUUGUGGCGGUAAACCUCGCCAUCCAAAAGUGUAUGACUGUAAAAAAGAGAGUGCUCAGUUGAAGGGAACCCCUCCGAGUACUGCAUUGCUGACCCCCGCUAGUCCACAAUGUAACAUCAGCCUUAACUCAGUUGCCAGCACAUAUUCACAGUUUGUGCGAGACUUGUCCAAGGCCUCUAACCCCAAGAUCCAACAGCACAUCCUGAACUCUACCAUCACCAAACUUUGACGUCUCACCUCUGGACAAGACUGCCUCCAUUAUAUAUAGUCCAUUAUAUUGCAAUCCUUGUGUUUAGGUUGUUUAGUUAUUAACUCAAAUUCCAAAACUUUUUUUUUUUUUUUUAUAUAUAUCCAAGUCUCUCAAUAGAUGGCACUAUCUUAUGACGCUAUCUGCAUUUAAAUGUAAAUGAAGGUAAUAAUACAGUAUCUUAAAUUGGUUAUGAAGGAGGUUCCUUGCUGCUUCCAGCAGUGCUAUCACACAGAUGUUUCCAAGUCGGUCGCUGUACAAAAGAAGAAACAAGCCAAGCUAAGUUAUCCUAAUGCUACCUUUUAAAUGUUGACAAAGAUGUAAAGAAAAUCUAUCGUCAUGUUAUUUUUCUAUUAGCAAAAGCUAACUAGUUAACUUUCUGAAGAUAUGGAAUCUAAAGGUUAAACAACCACAUGUAAUGUAAUUUGCACAUUUUGUAAAAUAUAUUCCAGUUCAUUGUGUAGUUUUACACACUGUGUUACAUUUGAUUUUCUUUCUCCCCACCUUUUUGCAAUGUGUCUAAGAUGUUAAUCUGUCCCAUGUUGAUGCUUUAACAUUUAAGACAGGAUGGUUAAAGUGAUAAAAUCUCAAAAUGUAAACAAAACAAAGUCGCUGAGAAUCAAUAUUUGAACAAACAGCAGUUCACA